AUGCCGCGAGAGUGUGUGCUGUGUGGCCAGGAGCGUGCUGUGCUACGCCGACCCAAAACGGGAGACCUUGUUUGCCGCAACUGCUUUUUUUACGUCUUUGAGACAGAGGUGCACCAGACAAUUGUCAAUGCACAGCUCUUCCGGCGAGGUGAUCGUGUGGCUAUUGGCGCCAGUGGUGGCAAAGACUCGACGGUGUUGGCAUACGUCAUGAAGACGCUAAAUGAGCGGUAUGACUAUGGUUUACAACUGUUCUUGCUAAGUAUUGAUGAAGGUAUAACAGGCUACCGCGACGACAGUCUCGAAACAGUGAAGCGAAAUCAAGAGCAGUAUGGCAUUCCCCUCAAAGUGCUCGGUUACAAAGAACUAUAUGGCUGGUCCAUGGAUGAUAUUGUCGCGUCAGUGGGACGAAAGAACAACUGCACGUUUUGCGGUGUGUUUCGGCGCCAGGCACUCGAUCGCGGCGCGGCGUCACUGGGUGUGGACCACAUCGUAACAGGACAUAAUGCAGAUGACAUGGCGGAAACUGUGCUUAUGAAUGUUCUGCGGGGUGAUAUUGCACGUUUAGAACGCUGUACUGAUAUUGUGACCAAGGGUCCUGAUGGGACCGAGGAGGAUGACGAACAUCAAGGCUGCGGCGGAGGCCAAAGUGGGUUUGGCGGUAGCGGCAUUCGACGCAGCAAGCCGUUCAAGUAUGCGUACGAAAAAGAGAUCGUCAUGUAUGCCUACUUUAAGCAACUCGAUUACUUUAGCACCGAAUGCAUUUAUUCACCGAACGCCUACCGUGGCUAUGCGCGCUCCUUCCUCAAGGACCUCGAAAGUAUCCGGCCCAGCAGUAUUAUUGACAUCAUACACAGCGGCGAGAAUCUCCAUGUGGCCGGGCAAGUGAAGCGUGCCGUGCAACGUACGUGUGCACGGUGCGGCUAUAUUUCGUCGAACGAACUAUGCAAGGCAUGUGUGCUGCUCGAAGGACUAAACCGUGGUGCUCCCUCCCUUGGCAUUCGCUCGGACAAGUCACGCGCCGUGCGAGAAGCGCUCGCAGAUGCACAGCCAGACAUUGGACAUACCAUUCCCCGCUGGGAAGGUGUACAGCGUUCCAGUGCUACGGCAUGGUAA